AUGAGAAAAUAUACAGAGAAUAAAUCAUCUUCAGUUUAUUGUCCACCAAUAAAACAAUCAAUUCUUGCAAAACAUAAUGAAAAAAAUCGAUCUCCAUCUCGAAGCUUUGAUACAAGCACUGAAAGUUCAAAAAAACAAAAAAAUUCAAGUGAAUGUGCAUCAAAAACAGGACGAUCAGUUACUAUACGAUGGACGGAACAUUCAGUUGGUUCUUCUUCAACUAUAUCACAUAAAAUUGGUUCUGAGCAAUUAUUAAAUUGGUUUACUCAUUCUUGGUCAGAAUCUGAACAAAAUGAUUUUCUUCGUCGUCUUAUUGUUAAAUUUGAUGAAAGACAACAAUAUUUUACUUCAUGUGCGAUCACGCAACGUCGUUAUCGUGAUUUUAUUAGUUUAUUACCUCGAAAAGUUGUUUUUCAAAUAUUAAAUUAUUUAACUCUUGAAGAAGUAUCUCGAACUCGUGAAGUAUGUAAAAAUUGGAAAACAAUUAUUGAUCGUGAACGUGAUCUUUGGAAACCAAAAACUAAAUCUAAAAAAUUAGAAGGUAUAAAAUAA